AUUCGGAUUUUUCUGGCGUUUUCGUUCUACACGAAUGCUCCUUUACUUCUGGAUACACAACCACCGAAAGAAGGAACCAUUCGUUCGAUGGCUUGCAUCCGAUUUAUCUCCAUGGUGUGGGUGGCUGCAGGGCAUAUUCUAGCACAGAGUGCCAUGAACGACCGUUUAUUGCCUGCGCUCACGAUGUGGAAUCCUAUUCUUUCGACUGCCUUCACGAAUGCCUUCUUCUCUGUGGAUACCUUCUUUCUCCUCUCAGGAAUUCUUGUAGCAUACUUAUUCUUCAAAACUAGGCGACCUUCAAAGGUUGUGUGGAAUCCUAUUACCUGGCUGCUAUUUUAUCUCCAUCGUUAUCUGAGGUUGACGCCUCCAAUAAUGAUGUUCAUAGGAUUCUAUACAGUGGUUCUUCCAUUUAUGGUUGGGCCGUGGAUAGCUUUUAAUCCCUUGAAUUUUGGUGUGCACACCGACGAAAAAGUGCAAGUUUGCCAAAAGUACUGGUGGAGAAAUGCGCUUUACAUCAGCAACCUUCUCGGACACGAACACGAAUGCUAUGGAAUCUCGUGGUACCUAGCUGUAGAUACGCAGCUCUAUGUGGCCGCUCCCGUAUUCCUGAUCGCAUUACACAUAUCACCUAUAGUAGGAGCUAUACUACUGUUCUUAUGCUGUGUAGCAAGUGUUGCUUACGUGUAUGUCAUUACCUACCGCUAUGAUCUGCCGGCUUCGGAGCUCGUAGCGUAUGUAUUCUCAAAACACGAACGAGAGUUUUUCAACGAGUACUAUGAGAUGCCAUGGACACGAUGUACUCCUUAUCUCAUUGGACUGGGUGUCGGCUACUUUCUUGCUCGAAAUCGUGGCAGAAGAUUGAGACUCCACCGGGUGAUUAUAGUAGCUGUGUGGAUAAUUGCAACCGUCGUUUCGUUGCUAUCCGUCUUUGGACCGCAUGAUUACAUAAAAGGAGAUCAAGAGUGGAGUAAGUUCGUUCGUGGUACUUACAACAACUUCGCACGAAUCGCGUGGUCGCUCGCAGUGUCGUGGGUGAUUGUUGCGAAUACCUUUGGAUGGGGAGGUCCUAUCGCUGCUUUUAUGGAUCAUCCAUUAUGGCAACCUCUUGGUCGGCUCUCUUAUUGCGCCUACAUUGUCCACUCGUACGUCAUUCUAUACGUCUUUAACCUUGAUGAUCGACCGACUCAUUAUGUCUCCAUUUGGCAAACGUACGUUCACCGAAUCAUACCAGUUGUCGUACUCUCCUACUUGGGGGCAUUUAUAUGGAGUUGUUUAUUUGAAGUACCCAUUGCGAUGUUGGAUAAGAUGCUCUUCGAAGGAAUGACUCCCAAAAGUAAAUCGCGAUCGAGUGAAGCCGUUCCAGCGCCAGCUAGGUCACCUAUAGAAGAGGAAGUUUCCGCAGAGGGUGCUACUUCUUCCAGAGGUCUCGGUCGCUAA